AUGCCAGAGCGUCGGCAGCAGCUCCUGCUUUCUGGUAGAUUGAUCGGGGAGGCGCUGGCUCAAGAUGAUUACUUCCUUUCCUUGGAGGAGUCCUGCGCACCCGGAGUUGGCAGCGCGGACUACGAUUUCACAUCGCCACAGUUUACAGCGGAGAUUGCUGGCAACGGAUUGCCAAGUUUUGGUGCUGCACCUUGGACCCGGCAGGGGGUGCUUCCAGACAUCCAAAGAUUUUGGCGCUCCUUCGAUUCACGCAUAGUUCUAUGGAAGUACACCGACCCUGGCAUGCAAGAGAUGACUGACUACACUGGCGUCUCACAGCCAAUUGUUGCUGCAGCCGUCUCCCGGCCAAAGGACUUCAUUGUCGAGGCAGACUACUUUCUGAUCUUGGCAACUUCGCUGGAGAUAUCAUUGCAUGCUCUGCGGUUCGCUCCAGGUAGUGAUCGGUUACUGGCUCCCAUGCGUACUCAAUAUGCUGUUGCAAGCGAUGAUGUCUUGACAACUGCCUUGACCUCGGAUGUCAGCAGUGGCCGCAUUUUCCUUGGUGGAAAUGAUGGCUGCAUCCAUGAGCUGCAGUAUUCACAAGAUGAAUCCAGUUGGUUGCGUAGGCCAAGGAAGUGUAGAAAGGUUGCAAUUAGCUGGAACUUGCAGUCUCAGCUGCCUGCGGCUUUGCAGCGCAUAUGCACGGCUGUAUUUGGUCAAUCAGAGGCUGUUGUGCAGCUGGCCACUGAAGCUUCAAGAGGAUAUCUCAUCGCUUUGUCUUCGCUGUCAAACAUCUCCGUUUUUCAUGUGCCGCAAAGCCAGAGGAAUGCACAGGGCCGUUUGGAAGAGAGACCGGUGAUACAGCUUUGCUCAAUAUCGCAAUCAGCCAUCGCGUCUGAGGUAGGUCGUAUCAAAGCCAGGCUGUUUCCCGGAUUGCUGGCAAUGGGCUCAAGAGGCCUCACCACAUUUGGUGCAGUUGCAGCUGCAACAGGCCUUGCGUCAGCACCGCCCAAACUAAUCAAAGUUUGGCCUGUGGAGAAGACACAAGGUGGCAGCAUCGUUGCUUGUGUGAUUGCUGAAGAUGGCACCCGCAUUUUUCUACGCGGCGUUUGUCGCAGCACUUCCUCCAGCAUGCCAUCCACAAUCUCCACAGAUGGAAGUGCACAGGGCAACCAAGUCCAGCCACGAGGCAGUCAGAUCACCUCUUUGGCCGUUCACCAUGUCCGAUUUUUAGAUGCGCUUGCACCUAGAAACCUGAGGGUGAAAGAUGCCUUGUGGGAAGAUGGUGUCACACUGUUGCACUGCCAAAUGUCUGACGCCAAUCCAUCUCUGCAGGCCGGGAGAGGUGCAGGGGGCAGUGAGGCCGUGGACGCAGUGGAAGUGGUGAUUGCAUUGAGUACAGACCUCCGUGUAGUUGCCCAAAAGCAAGGUCGCAAUCGGUCUCCUCUGCUUCAAUGCGCCAACAUGGCGGAGCACGUCGACACCAUUCACCUGAAUCGAAGCGGCUCCACAUUGCCAGAGAUCUUCGGACUUGCCACCUUGCCGCGUCCGGUAUCAAAACCGGUUGAUGCACUGUUUGGCCGACCUGGGAAUGGCUUGGUGCUGCCAGUGGUGCACCUGAGUGAGCUCGCAAAGCAGCAGCUGGUCCCUGCACCCUCCUUCAUCAUAGUUUCCUCCAUUGGUGCUCAUAUCCUGAGGAAGAUGCAGCCAAUAAAUAUGCUGCGAGAUUUCUUGCUAAACGGCAGCGUUAUGCAGCUGCAGGAGUUCGUCAGCCAGUACACAGCUGAGCAGGUUUGUGCUAUGUGCUUCCAGAUUCUAACGCAGGCAAUUCCGAAACUCGCUCGUACUUCUCGGACAGACAUGGCGGAUGCCUCUACAGCUUCUCGGAACAAGCUGAGGGGCAUGGCCAAGAACAACUUAUUCACCGAACCCAAACUGCUGACAACUACGACCAACCAGCGAGACCCAGCAGAAGAAGUGUUGUUGCUUCGCACAGAGCAGUUCUUGCUGUCGCCGCAGUUGUCAGUACAAAUGGGCUUCUCACAGGUGCUGCCCUCUCUUGAAGGAAGAUCGCACCCUCAGGCUUUGGUGCAAAAUACUCCGCUUGGCUACUCGGUGAUGUUUCACAGCACAGCUCGCCUAUCUGCACGCCUCAGGGGCCUCUACUCGUAUUUGAGCAGGCUGAUCCGACCCUUCUGGCUAUCCCCCAUUAUGCUCGUGACGUGGCCUCCGGCUCCAGCAGAGAAAGCCAAGAGGAAGCGUGACGAAUGGUGGCCUCCACCACCUGACCCGCCACCGAUUGCAAAAGGUGCGCAGUGGAAAUGUGCCUUUUCCAAGUGUCAGCGGUCCUAUGUGCAAUCUGAAUUGUCGCUUCUCAAGACGUGUUUGGAUCGUUGUCUCCCGCGUCUGCUACGAGCAGAGCCAAGCCUAACAGACAUGGGUAUUAUGCCAAAUUCUCAGGAGGAACAGGAUGCGGCUCACGGGGCAGCACAGAUUGUUAUUGCUUCUUUGGAAGCCCUGGACUUCCUGGAUCUUCUGUCUGGCUGCACAACAGCCAUGUCAUCUGGGUGCUGUUCGGCAGAGGUAUUGCAGCGCUUUUCUGAGCUGACCUUUCGGGAUUUGGUCUGUCAACCUGAGGCACGACAGGUGCUGCAACAGCUGAUGCAAGCUGGCAUUGUGGCUUGCCGAGACCUCUCAAGGUGCCCUACACUUUUCAGUCAGGCAGACCUAGAGAUCCAAGAGAGUUUCGAGGUCCUCGGCAUGGUCCAUACAAGCUUGAAGGCCGCCGGAGCGACAAGCAUGUUGGAAAUUGCAAGGCUAAGCGGCAUGACCCACCGGGCCUUGUCUGUUCUUGAGCGGCAUGCGUCGCAUGUCAAUUUGGCAGAGGCAGCCAACCGACUUCGGGCUGUAGGGGCAUGCAAGGGACUUGUGGCACUUUGUUCCAGCGUCGCCAGGGCCCGAGAUCCAAAAGAUGAGGCCAUGAGGCCGCAUGAUGCUUCCAAUCCUCGCAUCCAACAACUGCACUAUGCCCGACUUGAGUGCUACCAGGUGGUUCUGGGAGUUCUUGACAACUUCUUGUCCUUCGCAAGGCAACGCCCAGGAAUGCAGAGCAAUUUCGCUCUUCUGCAACCACUACCCGACGGCAGCAGCAGCAGCAAUACCACCAGUCCUGUUGUCCUGUCAGAUUUGCCGGAACUGUUGCCCCCUCAAAUUCAAGAGAGCGAUGCAGUUUCUAUCCUGGAUGCGCUGCUUCGUCAUUGUCUCGAGGGGCGGCAAUAUCAAGCAGAUGAGCUUUUCCAUUUCUGUGUCCUAAAGUGGAUGAUGCAGUCUGGACUGCCGCCAUAUCAGUACAAAUCGCCGUACCUCAAGAAUUUUUUGCAGGUGCAUGCCAAGGACGACCCUGAGAUGUUGUGCAAGUACCUGCAGCACAAUGGGCGUUGGGCGGAGGCUUGUGACGCAUACCUCUCCUUGGCUCGGACUGUAGACCGAGGCAGCUUGGGCAGCUCGGGGAUGGGGGGCAUGGCCAGCCAAUCGGGCUCUCAGCAGGUCCUCCUCCUCCAGAAAGCUGCAAUGUGUGCUCGGAUGCCGCAUUCAAACCGACGUGUCGAACCAAUCCUCCGCAUGAUGACGGAUGUAGCAGCCACACAGCCAGAAGACGCUGACGCUUUCAGUGUACGUUACCCCGUUUCGCAACUUGUUUGUGGUGGCCUGAGCACAUGCGCGAUCCUGGCUGACUCGUCUUGGAAGUGUUUUGGCAACAACAAUUUCGGCAUGCUGGCACAGGGUUCAGGCAGUAACUUGGGCGAUGGUGCCAAUGAGAUGGGGGACAACUUGCCCCCUGUUGAUCUUGGCACAGGUAGAACAGCUGUAGCUGGUUGGGCAUCCGGCUUUCAUGUUUGCGUGAUCCUGGAUGAUGCAAGCCUCAAAUGUUUCGGGAGCAACGAGGGCGACUCUCACGGUUCUCUCGGCCAGCCAGAUACAGUCUUGAGCGCCAUAGGGAUGACGGGUAACAACUAUGGAGACCAUGCUGGUGAAUAUGGCGACAAUCUUCCAGCCAUUGACCUUGGUUCUGGUCGCACAGUGCAACAGGUCUGUUCUGGGCAGGUUUUCGUGUGUGCUUUGCUGGACAACAGCGCGGUGAAGUGUUGGGGUCAGAAUGACAAGGGACAGCUGGGCCUCUCGGUGGACCUUGGGACAGGUCGGACUGCAAAGCAGCUGCAGUGUGGCAACAAGUUUGCUUGUGCCAUGCUGGACAAUGAGAGAAUUGGUGACGAGGCCAAUGAGAUGGGAGAUGCCUUGACACAGGUCACGUUCCCCUCCGGAAGGACGCCCAAGUCUUUGGGUGUGGGCUACGAGCACACGUGUGUGAUUUUGGAUGACGACACGGUACUAUGCUGGGGAUACGGCAGCAGCAGCUACGGGCCAACUGGUCGCCUGGCUGCUCCCAGAGUUGUUUUCUUUGCGCAGUUGAUUGCGCAGCCGCAGUCAGAACCUCCUUCGGAUGCAAGCGUAGGUUAUGGUGACGCACUUGAGCGCGGCGGCUCUAGUAACCCGGUCUCGGGCCUGCCUCCAGUUGAUCUCGGCAGCGGCCGCACAGCAAAGCAAGUCGUAGCUGGUUACAUUGCAACUUGUGCUCUUCUGGAUGAUGAUUCUGUCAAGUGCUGCCCGGUUGAGUUGGAGGCAAUUGUGUAUCCCGCCAAGACAGCAAAGUUUGCCGCACGCAACAUGGAGUUUUGCAUUCCCGCAGUCAAUGGGCUAAACGCAGAUGUCAUGAACCGGUAUCAUUCAUUGUCUUUGGCCAGACAUGGGUGUGACGUGACCAUGAUCGGGUACCCGGGCGCACGGCCAAUGCAUGAAUUGGAGACGAAUCCCCGAAUUCGGAUUCGUCACGUAAUGCCAUUGGAGAUGUCGUGGCUCCCGUUCAGUGUCCGAGCUGGUGUCAAGGUCAUUUCGCUUUCUUUUCGUCUCCUCGUGCUGCUGCUGUCGACGUCUCCAAGAUGCGGCGUGAUCCUCGUGCAGAAUCCGCCUGCUAUCCCAUCAUUGAUCUUGACACGGCUAGCAUCUACUUUGCAGGGAGCUGCGUUCCUUGUAGACUUUCACAACUUUGGCUACUCCUUGUUGGCGAUGAAGUUAGGAAGCCAGCAUCCCCUUGUCAGAGCCCACCUUCUGUAUGAGAAACUUUGCGGCCGACUUGCUGAUGAUGCUUUCUGUGUUACAAAGCAGAUGCAGGAUUUCUUAGCACAGAAGUGGGAAGUCCAGGCACGAUCCUUACAUGAUCGACCUGCGCGCAUUUUCAGGCCUGCUGGCGUGAUGGAGCAGCACGACCUGUUUCAGCGCCUUCGAGCUGAAGGUAUUUGUGGUGCGCUGGAUGAUUGGUGGCCAGCAGACAGCGGCCAAACUUUGUUUACUCGAACGUCGAAAACGGGAGAGUGUAGCAAGCCAUCCGGUCGGCCAUAUGUCAUUGUUAGCUCAACUUCUUGGACUCCGGAUGAAGACUUUGGACAGCUGCUGGAUGCCCUUCCCGUCUUCAAUCAUCAUUUGAUGCAGGCAGGCGCUAAAGCUGUUGUCUUCAUCACUGGCAAGGGUGACUUGAGGCGACCUUUCGAGGAUCGUUUGAAGAGCAUGGCGUCGAAGUUGCAGUAUGUCCGUGUAGUGACGGCAUGGCUCAGCUUUGCUGAUUACGCAUUGCUUUUGGGAAGCGCAGACCUUGGUCUCAGUUUGCACAGCUCCUCAUCCGGCAUCGACCUCCCUAUGAAGGUCGUGGACAUGUUUGGGGCGGGUCUACCUGUUUGCGCACGGUCUUUCCCAGCCCUGCCUGAGCUUGUCCAGCAUGGGGAGAACGGUUUCGUUUUCACCACCACAGAGGAGCUGGCAAUCAGCUUAGCCCAUGGCCUUGGUGCAGUUUCGUCGUCUGAGCUGCCGCGCUUGAAAUCUCCAGCAGGAGAGCCAAAGCUCAAUGGUUGGGAUGACAAUUGGGAUGCCAUUGCCUGGCCGGUGUUUGAACAAUGCAUAAAGUCAGAGCACCUUGGCAAGAAGGAACGCUGA